GGAAGCCAGUUGCAUCGCCCGAUGCCAUACACGUGUGCACCACUUGGCAGUUUGGCCGACAUGACGAGGCUCUCAGCAAAAUCUCUUUUGCUUUUGUUUCUUCUCCAUUUCUCGCUUCAGUCGCCAUGGUCGCACGGCCUCCAGCCGGGGGAACCUGAAGCAAGAAAAAUCUACAUUGUUUACCUCGGGGAAAGACGGCAUGAAGAUCCUGAGCUUGUCACUGAAUCGCACCAUGACAUGCUCGCUUCCGUUCUCGGAAGCAAGGAGGACGCUCUGAGUUCGAUUGUGUACAGCUACAAACACGGUUUCUCUGGCUUUGCUGCAAGGAUGACUGAAUCGCAAGCAAGAAAGAUACGAGGCAUGCCUGGCGUGGUGAGUGUAAGAGAGAACCAAAUCCGGCGAGUGCACACCACUCGGAGCUGGGAUUUCCUUGGACUGGACUACAAGCAACCAAAUGGGCUGCUUGCCAAAUCUAGCUUUGGGGAUGGCAUUAUUAUUGGUGUCCUUGACUCAGGUAUCACACCUGAGUCUCCGAGCUUCUCGGAUGCUGGGUACGGCCCCCCUCCUUCCAAAUGGAAGGGGAUCUGCCAGGCCGGCCCUUCGUUCCCCGCCAGCAGCUGCAACCGGAAGCUCAUCGGCGCGCGGUGGUACGCCGACGACCUCGACGACGAGACGCGUGCCCAGGAGGUUCUCUCCCCCCGGGAUAGCAAUGGCCAUGGCACGCACACCUCGUCCACGGCCGGGGGCAACAUCGUCCACGACGUUUCCUUCAUGGGUCUGGUGGCCGGGACGGUGCGCGGCGGCGCGCCCCGGGCACGGGUCGCCAUGUACAAGGUCUGCUGGCAGAGCUGCUCCGACGCCGCUCAGAUGAAGGCCAUGGACGAUGCCAUCCAUGACGGCGUCGAUGUCCUUUCACUGUCCAUCGGUAGCGCUGGCGAGAACCCUGCCGCGAUGCACGUCGUUGCGCAUGGCAUCCCAGUUGUGUACUCGGCUGGGAACGAAGGGCCUAUCGCUCAAACAGUGGAGAACUCGUCGCCAUGGCUGCUGACGGUGGCCGCAACCACCAUAGAUCGGGCCUUCCCCGUGGUUGUAACCCUUGGAAAUAACGAAACGUUUGUGGCACAAUCCUUUUCUUCUAAGGAUAGCGGUGAUGAUCAGUUCUACGAGAUACAAUCCUACCAAGACGAGGAAUGCAAUUACCGCCACAUCAAUGAGACGAUGAAGGCAGGAAGUAUCAUCUUCUGCUUCACGUCGAAUUUCAGCUCACCACCAGACUACGGCAGCAUCUCUUACAUGGUGGCCAUGAAGGGGGGCAGGGGCACCAUAUUGCCAUAUUACCACGACGGCGUAUUACUCCAAGAAACAAACAUUUUUAAAAAUGCUCCUUGGGUCCCCAUCGACUAUGAGAUGUCUUAUAAGAUUUACCAGUACAACAUCAGUGGCAUCAAACAUGGAAAACCAAUGGCAAAGAUAUCAGCAACCAGAACUACUAUUGGAAGUUCAGUUUCUGCACCUAAAGUAGCUGUAUUUUCAUCUAGAGGACCUAGUCCUUCCUACCCUGGGAUUCUCAAGCCCGACAUUGCUGCACCUGGGGUGUCCAUUUUAGCCGCUGCACCCAAAACGCCUCCAUUCGGUAAAGACAUUCUCUACCAUUUUGACUCUGGAACAUCCAUGGCUUGCCCCCAUGUUGCUGGGGCCGUUGCCGUCCUCAAGUCCUUGCAUCCUGAAUGGUCACCUGCUGCCCUCAAAUCGGCAAUCAUGACAACUGCACUUACCUAUGACAACAACGGGUUCCCGAUACAAGCUGAUGGAAAGACAUCAAAGCUUGCCGACCCUUUCGACUAUGGAGCAGGUUCCAUUAAUCCCAACAUGGCAGCUGAUCCGGGGCUCAUCUACAACAUCAGUGCAUCAGAGUACCUAAAGUUCUUCAAGUGCAUGGGAACAGGAGGACUAGGUGCGCAUGGAAACUGCUCAGUGGGAAAAUCACCAUACGUAGUGGCAGACCUGAAUCUGCCAUCGAUAGCAAUCCCUGACCUCAAGGUGACAUCCCGACAGACCGUGGUGCGCACCGUCACCAACGUCGGUCGCCAGCAGAAUGCAGUGUACAGGGCCUUCUUCCAUGCUCCUGCCGGAGUUAAGAUGGCCGUCGAACCGUCGGUGCUGGCCUUCAGCAGGGGGAGGAGCGUGCUGAGCUUCAGGGUCACCUUCGAGGCGACACGGAAGGUGCAGGGCGACUACAUGUUUGGAAGCUUGGCAUGGCACGAUGGAGGUAGCCACUGGGUUCGGAUCCCCAUCGCGGUUCGCACCGUAAUUGAAGAGUUUUACUCCAACAUUUACUGAAAUAAUCAUGGAGCGAGCGAAUAAAUACUACUACUCGGAUUCAGACACAUGAUCAACCACAAGUGAGUUACAUGUAUAUACUUGGUUCCUUUA